AUGGCGCUUCGCUGUGCGGUGGUCUUGGCCUCUACCAACAGUUCCUCCCAACGCAUGGGGCCACUGGUGGUGAACUUCCUGCGGACACGACUGGAGGACCGGGGAGUGGAAGUGGAGCUGGUGGAUCCCAUCGUGUCCGAGCAAGGCUUCUUGCUGGAAUUGCUCAAGAAGCCCCGCUCCUUUCCAUUCCCACCAGGCACCGAGCCACCGGCCUUGGGACGCCUGCGGCAGCAGCUGCAGCGCUGCGACUGCUUUUGCUUGGCGGCGCCAGAAGCAGAGGGCGAGCAGCCGGAGGUGGUGGCAGAGCUCAUGCCGCGCCUAGGCUUCGAAGUCUUUGGCUAUAAGCCCUGGGGCAUUUGCGCCUACUCUGCGUUCGCCCAGCGGCUUCCCUCAAGCGCUUUGAGGGAGGCCUUGUCCAAGUUGGGAGCCCUCACGGUACCUGAGGCGCUUCAUAUUCCUCAUGUGAAGAGACAGUUCCAAAACGGUGUGGAGCAGAGGGUUGAGCAGAGCUGCCACGUGAUGCUGGAGCAGUUGGAGUGGUACGCCAAAGCGCUGGAAGCUCAUCGAACUGCUUAUGGCACACCGACACCGCGGCAGAAAAAGAGGAGUCUCGUGGUCAGCGAGCACCAUGAGCGGGAAGAUAUUGGGUGGAAGAAAACAAUGCUCACACCGCUGUCUUGGAUCGCCCGGAUGGGCUUGGGCCACAUGUCAACCAAGGGGAGAACCUUCACCUACGAUGCGUCCUGCGACGGAUGGAUCAAGAGCGAUAGUUUUGCGUCUUUAGUGAUGGACCUCCUUCACAACCGCGCAGAUGGACAGCUGGUGGAGGACCACCGGCCCUAUUUGGGCUGCACUGCUGCGGUGGCGGUGGCUCACAUUGGCCAGGUGAUCCCUGCCUUCUUCAUCGAUCGAGAUGCCAGGUAUACACUGCUCUUCAGCCAUGGCAAUGCAGAGGAUCUGGGAAGUGAGGUGAGCCACAUCUUAGAUGUGAACAUCUUCGCCUAUGACUACACAGGCUACGGCAUGAGCACUGGAACGCCCAGUGAAGAGGCCUUGUAUGCGGACAUCGAGGCGGCCUUCAAGUACUUGAGAGACAUCGUUGGCAUCCCUUGGAGUGAAAUCGUCCUCUACGGCCGCUCCAUCGGUUCGGGACCUUCGAUCCACCUGGCCACGCGCACCGCCGUGCGCGCGAUGGUGCUGCAGAGCCCCCUGCUGUCUAUCUACCGUGUGGCCUUCUCCUCAAGCUUCACGUUACCCGGUGAUAUGUUUCCCAACGUGGAUCGUAUUGGACAGGUCAAGUGCCCAGUCUACAUUGUCCACGGCACCAGCGAUGAGAUCAUCAGCUACAGUCAUGCCGAGGACUUGAUUCGGAACUGCCAGGAAGGCAUCGCGUAUCCUCCCUACAUGGUGGAGAAUGGCGGCCACAACAAUCUGGAGGUCGUUGCUCGACAGCCUUUCUACGAGAACUUCACCAAGUUCCUCCAAUGGCUGGAGAAGAGUGACAUCGCAGACGAGCUGACACUUGUUCAUGCGAAAGAUCAGUGCUCCCCCCAAAGAGAUUGA